GUUGAGAGGAGUGCUGCGUGUGUGGAGCCGCUUCAUUGUACCGAAGCCGCGGCGGAGCCCGGAGCCGACAUAAGACGCCUGUGUGCGGGACCUGCGCGCUCACACCCCCCUGCUCAGACUCCCGCACACCCAGGACCCCCAGACCCGCACCUUGGAUUAACCUCUCCGGCUGAGACACAUCCACCAUUCCCCCUCCUCUUAGGACCGAGCAACCCGGACCGCGGAUGCAGAGAGGAGGAGAAGAAGAAGAAGAAGCGGCGGCGGCGAUGCGGCGGCUCCGCUGUUAAGUCGUCGGAACCUUCCUCCUCCUCCUCCCUUCGUCUUCUUCUUCCUCGCUUCUUCCUCGCGUCCUUCUGCCUCCUCUUCCUCGCUUGUUGUCGCCGGUUCCAGUCGGAGGAGGCCGCCGGGUGCAGCGGGCCCAGGAUGAAGCUCAAGCCGAACCAGACCAGGACGUACGACGGCGAGGGCUUCAAGAGGCGGGCGGCGUGUCUGUGCUUCAAGAAUGAUCGUGAGGAGGAGGUUCUGUUGGUCAGCAGCAGUCGACACCCGGAGCAGUGGAUCGUCCCCGGAGGAGGGAUGGAGCCGGAGGAGGAGCCGUGUGGUGCCGCUGUGCGAGAGGUGUUCGAGGAGGCUGGUGUGAAAGGAAAGCUCGGACGUCUGCUCGGUGUAUUCGAGCAAAACCAGGAUCGGAAACAUCGGACGUAUGUGUACGUGUUGACUGUGACAGAAACCCUGGAGGCCUGGGAGGACUCUGUCAACAUAGGCCGUAAGCGGGAGUGGUUCACCGUGGAGGAGGCCAUCAAAGUGCUGCAGAGCCACAAACCCGUCCACGCAGAUUACCUGCGGAGGCUCCAACUCAGCUGCUCCCCGACCAACGGGAACUCCAUCCUUCCCAGCCCGCAGCCCAACGACAACUUCCCCCAUUACAGCGCCACCGCCAACACGCCCUCGACGGGCAGCGUGCUGGGCUCCUCCUGCAGAUAGGACUGCACCUCCACCUCUUUUAUUUUCCGUUUUCCUGUCCAGCUUGGACAGUUUACUGAAAGUCUGUACAGUCUUGCAUGAAUCUAAUGACUUUUCAGAGUCACGGCUCUCUUGUAUGUAUAAAUUCUAGUCUUAGCUGCAGGACAGACCAAAGCCAUUCGCCAGAGCUGUGUUAAAAGGCUUGUGUUCAAGACUCGUGUAACUGAGCAGAAGCAGGCGGAGAAGCCGGGACAGUAAAACGGCGAAUGGAAGAAACCUUUGAUGAGCCGUCGCUGUGGAGGAAGCUGCAGACUCUGCUGGCAUGACUGAGCUGGUGAAGGAAUGCCUUACUGAAACUUUGUAUGAAUGUUGUUCUUAUUUCACUAACGCUCGUUUUUUAUUUUCUUUAGUAGAUUUGCUCUCUAGUGAAUGAGAAAAGGAGGGGGAUGACCCCAGAGCAUGUCCAUGUGGGGAGGGGGGGAGACUGAAUAAUGUCUUCAUCAUCUACCAGUGAUGAUAACAACCAAAUAUCAGAUUUUACUACACAGAUAUAACUUUACAAAAAACACCCUGAGCACUGAUGUGAUUCGAGAAUCUCCUCUUUUGAAUCUUUUAUGCCAAGUGGGAUUUCUUCUCUCCAUUAGAUCAUUCAUUAAAUGCAUUUGUUGUUAAGUUACCUGGCCUCGAAAAAUUAUUAUCCCGUGUCCAAACAUUGCUUUUCAAAGCCCCAAGUGAUAGCGAUAAAAUAGAGUGAAAGUUCUCACAUGUUGUGUGUUUGUAGUUCAGCUUUACCCGAGGCCUCUGAAUCUCACGUCAGCUGACCUUGACUGAUCCAACAAACCCCGGUGUCUGCCUCAGGGCGCAUACCUUUACAUCGGCGUUUCCCACGUCGUCAGAGUGAAAGGAUUUCACAAUGCGGAGAAGAUCUUUGCCUCGGCUGUUGCUGUCUGUGCUGCCUUGAUGACAAACGAGUUCCCUUCAACUGCGUUUGUACAAAAAGAGCAUUUCUUUUAAACCUUGAAUGCAAAAUAAUGCAGAUUCACUUUUGUGUCUUUCAAAAAAAAAACUAUGUUUAUCAGUUUUAUUGUUUCACAGUGCUGGAAUGCAAUUUGGUCAGAGCGACCACCAGAUAACACGAUGUACAGUAUGAUUGUUUCUGUCUAUGAUAAUUUAAGUCUACAGCUGCAGUUAACUCAUCUGAUAGUUUUUUUAUCUAUUAGUGGAAAAGGGUGAAGAAUGUUCAUCACCAUAUCUGCAUCCCAGUUCUCAAACCAUCACCUCAGUUUUUAUUGGUUCAUAAAUAAAAAGGUAACGCAGCUUUCACUUAAAUCUUUUCUGUUUCUGUGUAAACAAACAGUUCCAUGAUGUCCACGUCCCGCAUAAACGACUGCAUCAUGUUUCCUGCUGCCUCUUCACAGUCACAGAUCCUCCCUCUGAAAUAUUCUGCUGAAUGACGACUGACCACACAGAGAUUUGUAAAUAGCUUUGCAGAGAAACCUCGUGUUUUUAACCUGAAUGAAAAAUGUUCUCUUAACAUUUUCUAUAUUUUUUAAACGAUGUACAAAGGAUGACGGGAAGACGUGCAGAAAAAGCUCACUGAUUAUUUACAGAACAAGGAUGUUUGUAUCUGCAACAACGUGCCACAGGUUUAGGAUAUACGGAAAUUUGGUCACUUGUUGUGUUAUUGUGAAAUGGAGAUGUUGGAAUUGAUGCAUUGUUAAAACGUGAUUUGGUGUUUUUCAUGUGGUCGUCCGUAAUGAAUCAAGAGGUUAAUUCGGAAUGAACACAGCAGUAAAUUUGGGUGAAAAUGUACCCUUUAGGUGAGGAAAUGUUUUUUUUAAAUAAGCAUCAGGAUGAUUACGUUUUUUCUUUGUUGUGGCCAAGCAAGUAAACAAAUCUUAGCAUUAAUGAGCAUGGAAAUAACUCUAAUAUUGUGAAGGUUUUGGUGAGAAAAUGAAAAAAACAGUUUUCACUUUUUCACAAACGUUUAUCCAGACUCUUUGAUUGGAGCAGAGACCCGACACCUUCCGAGCUGCACAAACUUGUCUCGUCGCUCUUUGCCCUCCACAGAAUUCACCGCUCUAUCAUCUUAUCCGCAGCUCGGAUUUGCCAAUUCAGUUAAAAUCAAUGUUAGGGUUUAUCAACGGUUAAAAAAAAACACCUUAAACCUCAAUGUGUGUUUGUGUGUGUGUGAUGUAUGAAUUGUGGAAAGAUGAAUGUGAAAUAUGAUGUGCCAAAUGAAAACAAUAUAAAUGGACAGAUGGGGGAAAGUUGCAUUUUUCAGACCUGUACAUCAACCCGUCUGUGAAAUAAGAUCUUCAACAUCAUUUGAUAUGAUAUGAUUGAAAUUAAAGUAUUAAGAGUAUUCUUUACCCCAUUCACCAUUUUCAUGUGAUUUAAAUCAACUUAAAUUGAACUCACACCCUUUAAUCUUGAUGUUUUGCUGCUUUACAAAUAAGAAACACUUUCUUUCUCCUCCUGUGGAAAUGCUGUGUGACGCUGUGUUGAUCUCGUGAUGGGUUAAACAUGACAAUAUGGAGGAGAGUCCCUCAGUGUACAUGUGUUUGAAAACGAAAAUGUUAAACAGCUGGUUCAUGACAGGACUGUUCUGUUGUGGAUUCAGACUCCUUGAAUGUUUUCCGAAACACGUUGUGAUGUCACGACAAUGUGAAUCAAAGUGAGUUACAGACACGUCACUGUUUGUUUUUGUGAAUAUUAUGCACAGAGACGAUUAAUGUGAAAAGUGAUUUCAGGAGCUGGACUGGAAAGAUUGUUUUUGAGAAAACAAAAUGCAUUAAAGGGAAAAAAAACAACAA